UUUAAUAGUUUGGUCUUAUCAAAAUUUUGCUAAAACAACAUAGUAGAUCAGAAAGCACAAUAAAAACAUACCACGGAGUACAACUGAAGGAAUGAAGUAUUGCAAUUACUUAAUAAUGUACAAACAUCAAGCAUUAUGAUUUUUUCUGUACAUCAUUAUAUAUUUUGAUUAUUAUCCUAUACUAAUCAAAGCACUUUAUGUCAAACAAGACAGAUUUAGCUUCUUAAAAGCUUUUCCCCUUUUCAAUAAAACAUGGACCGUCCUCAUUCAUGGACAACUCCGAUACUUGCCUUCCUUCGUUUGUCACUAUUCAUUUGUUUGCUUUUUUUUCUUUUUUAAAUUCUUUUUUAAAUUCUAAAGGUCGGCGACGCUCGAACUUUCCCUUGCUCGAAUAAGUAAUUUUGACUUAAGUCGUUCUAAUCAGCCACGUCAUCUUCAAAAAGUCAACUUAGACGGCAUUGACUCCAAUUAUCACAAACUUGAGGCGCAGGUUAGUGGCGGCUCAAUGUAUCCCACAAAGAUGCGCACUUCCUUCGGGCAAACCCGACCCGGCCCUUCUCCAAAUCAUACGCCACCUCAAACCCUUGUUGCUGAUAGUUUCCCAAUAAACCGGCCGGACCGCCGGAAUCCUCCUCAUCGCCGCCGCUGAUCAGCAUCAUACACCCGACUUUCCUUUUCGCCUGACCCUUAUCUCCGCCGUAGACAAACUGGUAGAAGUAAUUUUUGCUGGGCAUCGUCACACUUGAAUUCCCCCCGAAAUGCAGCAAAACUUGGGGCACUUUCCGAUCACCCAUACCCGUAUCCAAAUAAUAGCAAGGCCCGAGCCCGGUUUUCUCCUCCACCUCACCCGCCCUCUUAUGACCCGACCCGACUUGUUUGUCAAAUUCAGUGAUCACCGCGUUAUAGAAAACCUGCGGAAGCAUAGUGAAUGUAGUCCCGGAGUCUACCACCAUGCCGCCGUUUCCUCGUCUGUCAACUCUCCGGAGAUUCUCCGGGGAGUCAAUUUUUCGUGUCCCGAUGGAGACAGCUUCGAGCCCGACACAAUAGAAAUACGGGUGCUUCGGGUUCUUCAACAUCGGGGUGUAUGCGAAAUCAUCGGCCGGGAUUUGUAUCGCCUUGUUUUCGCCGACCGAGUUCCGGCCAAGGAUGAGCGGGCUCGGUCGCCGAACACGGUUCGCGUCGAACGUGUGAGAAACCAAACAGUACGAGAAAUGGUUUCCGAUGUCCGGGAAGGAGGUCGCCAGCUGAGCCGGCAUCGAAAGGGCUCCACGGCCGAACCCGGCGACGCCAAUCGGCUCGCCGAGAGCACUGUGAGCGCAGCCGAAAGUGAAAUUCCGCAGAACCAGCGACGGCGACGACAUUGGCACAGAUAAACCAUCUCUGUAGAGCUUAGCCACGAAGCUGCCGUCGCCGUAGGCGUAGUAAAACGGCGGGCAAGAGUGGGAAUGGCAGUCGGAGGUUUCAAUGUUCUCGAGAGGACACUUAGCCAUGGCGCAGAGGUCGGAGGAAGAGUGGGAGGAGUGGACGGCGGAGCAUGCCGGCGACUUGCAGGAGACCGGCGAGGCGGAGCUGAGGUUGAGAGGGCCCGGAUUCCGGACGGCGGCGGGGUUGUACUUUCCCUCGCAGAGAAUACAUUCAAACGGGUGGCAGGGGAUCCAAACAACGUCACUUCCGGUGUCCAUGUACAGGGAGAUGGUCUGGGAACCGAGGGUGAAAGACAGAGUGUAAUCGCUUCCCGGAGUAAGCGGGAGGGAAAUCCGGCGGUGGCUGUGAUGGUGGAGCCUGGCGGCGGAGCGGGCGGAAGUUGACUUGAGGAGGUGGUGGGUACUGUUGAAUUGGGUUCUUGACAGGGAAUGAGCAAGUGGAAGAACUAAGAUUUUAGACAAGCAGAAAGGGAGUAGCAUGAAGAAGAACAGGAAAACGGAUGAAACAGAGGAAGCCAUUGAAAGUAGAGAAGAGUAAUUAGAAAGAAUGAGUCCCAGGCCAGGUUAUAAAAGGACCAUCAAAAGUACGC